AUGUCUACACCAGAGCACAAGCAUUGGCUCGCGCCAUACGAAGUUCGCCAUGGCGUCUAUGCUGUGAUUGGAGCAGAAGUCCAGCUGCACCGCCACGAGAUUCUGCACCAUGUCCGUGGGCAUCUGGAGCAGCGUCAUCGGGAGGAACUGUAUUGCCAGCUCCGCGCGGGGUUUCUCAUGAAGUCUUUCUCGCAACUCGACCGGUUACAAGCCCUCGAUUUUCGGAACAAGACAGUUCCUGUCUAUCUUCUCACUGGCGAUGCAGAAAAGAGAGGCCUGAGUGGGCUGCUUCUCAUGGUUAUCCAUAACUACCUGUACCGCAAAUGGUUCCGCCUCUAUCGUUCCGACAUCGAACGUGGCCAGGCCAUGGCUAUCGUGAUCCCAGGUCAAAGUUAUUAUACUUGUGGCCUUGUAUCUCGUGUUGCUACUAUGUCUAUCCUGAUUAUCCUCACCGGCGAACAAGAAGGGCUGAGCGCACCCAUUUCAUUCGACUCAAUCGCUGAUCGGGCUGAAACCGUUACCAUCGGCGGUACGAAAGGCGUUCGAACCAAUCUGAAGACGGCAAUCGACUUUAUCAUGUUCUUGGAGGAACGCGAGGAGGCUGCUUUAGGUCCACAGCCUGACCUGAUUGCUUCUACAGACGCCUCGGCACUUGACGAGUGGGAAGGAGAGUGGAUUUACGAAAGGGCACAAACAAUGGCAAACCAACUGGGAUGGGAUAACGAGCCGUUGGUCGGUCCCAGCUCACGGUGGGUGGAUACAGCCAAAUACCCCGACUGGACUGGACACGGAGCUCAGAUGGAGCCGUCGUCACCCAAUGCCUGGAACAAAAUGGGUGGAGGUUCCAUGCACAUGAUUGCAGCUGCAGUGAUCACGCGAGUCUUGUAG